UUUUUUUGGUCUUUUUUCUAGUUACCCUAGAACUUAACUGUUUGGAUGCUAACUGCCACCGGGUACCGCAGCAUGUGAUUGCUCCAGUUACUAAAGAGAAGCUGAGUCCUUGUCAACCUUGUGUCAUCGAUCUGCCUCAUUCCAGUCACUCACCAAGUACCAGUCCCUCUCAAGCACCGCGCCAACUUGACCUGCCAGGAUGGCCGACACAGACUUUAUUACCACCUCAUUCCUUACAUCAUCAUCCAAACCCACCAGGCUAUGUAUCAACUCACUGUUCGAUUCCAACACUUCCACCAAUAACUUCGCCGAACGAUCCUCAUUUCCCGCUACAUCUCUACAAACAAGACGCCGCUCUCUACCGGCGUUCUCACUUUAUACCUUGCCUUCCAAUUAUUCCCAGUGCUGUACAUCAUCAUAAUUCUCCAUGUUUCUCGAGAUUAACGCCGAGUCCGGAUCGACUGUUUCCGGAAAGCAAACGAAUCGACAGGUAUGAUUUCGAUGCGAAACUCUCCCAACAGCACUUAGAUUUAUUAUUAAUGAACAUGUCUCCAACAUCUUCACUUGAACAUUCGCCGCGUAGCAUUGAUUCAACGGUCUCCGUUGAGAAAAGAAAAGCACGCAAUAGCUCCGACAGCGAAUUAACAUCGCGUUUUGUUUGUGAAGCAUGCAACAAAAGCUAUUCUACAUUAAGUGGUCUUUCCAGACACAAACAGUAUCAUUGCAGCACUCAAGUGAAAAAAGAAUUUAAUUGUAAAUACUGCAACAAGACAUACCUGUCUCUUGGUGCGUUGAAAAUGCAUAUUCGGACUCAUACACUUCCGUGCAAGUGUAAAGUAUGCGGUAAAGCCUUUUCUAGACCUUGGUUACUGCAGGGCCACAUAAGGACACAUACUGGAGAAAAGCCUUUUAAAUGUACUCAUUGUGGCCGAGCAUUCGCCGAUAGAUCAAAUCUCAGAGCUCAUUUCCAAACACAUUCAGACGUAAAAAAAUACAGCUGUAAAGCAUGUACGAAGACAUUCUCUAGAAUGUCGCUACUUUCGAAACACGAGGAAAGUAGCUGUCAUCGACUCGUACGAUAGAAUCUUCAUAUGAAAAAAAAAAAGAUUAAUGUAUUCAAGGUGGUGCUCCAGCAUGGCCACAG